AUGAUUCCUUUACACAUUAGAGUUACUAUACUUUUUAUCAUUCAAAUUUUACAUCUUCCACUCAUUUUUUUCUUCUAUUAUAAUAUAUAUGGGCGUAUUUAUGAUUUACGACAAAAAAGUUUAUUUUUAAAUAAAAGAAUUAAAAGAAAUGUUCCAGAGGAAGCUAUUAUACCUAACAAUUUAGAUUUGGAUGAUUGGACAGUUUUAAUUGGACAAGAUACUAUUAUACCACGUGCUGUUUUUGAAAGAUCAUGUUCUCGUAUUCAUAGAUUUUGUUCAGAUCAAGGAAAAAAGCUUAGAGGAUUUCAAGGUAAACCUGGACCACAAGGAUCUAUUGGUCCUAUGGGUCCUCCUGGUAGACGUGGUCCACAAGGAAAAAUAGGUCCAACUGGUUUGGUUGGUGAUGUUGGACAACAAGGUGAACCUGGAGAAGAUGGAAUAUGUAAUUGUUCAUUACCAAAUAUGUAUGUACAUCGUAUUCCAAUACCUGGUCCUCCUAUUAUACAAAUAAAAGAAAAACAAGUACCAGUACCUGUUGUAGUUGUAAAAGAAGUUGAAGUAACUCGCUUAGUACCAUUUGAACCAACACCACCUGGAUUUGGUCCACCUCCAGGUUGGAAACCUGGUAUGCCUAUGCCUGAUCCAAAACACCAUCAAAUAAUAAAACAACCAAGUACAACCACUGUAAGAGGAAAAAAAAUUACAAAACCAAGAAAGAAAGGUCCUCUGGCUCCUCCAAGAACAACACCUAAAAAAUUGAAUAUUACAACAACACCUUCUAUUAAUUUAGUGACAAUUGAAGUAGAACCAACAAUUUCUGAGUAUACAGGUCCACCAACAUUAGGAUACAAUAGACGUGAAUGUCUUUUAAAUGCUGUUGGUAUUCCAGUUUUACAUGCAGAAAGUCAAUAUCGUGAUGUUGGAUCGUGGAUGAGGGAUGCUAAUCCGCAAGAUCGAGAAGCAUCAGAAAAACGAUGGGUAACAGAUGGUUAUGCUUCACCAGUACUUUAUGAAUAUGCUGAUGAGAAACAACUAAUGAAUAAGAAACAACAAAUAAAAUAUUAUGUUGAUUAUUUAGCAUCUGGUACUGGAAGUAUGAUAUAUAAUGGAAGUUAUUUUUAUCAUCGUCAUAAUUCAUUGUUUCUUGUAAGUUAUGAUUUAGAGACAACAGAAGAAAUUCAAAAAGAAAUACCAAACAUUGCUCACAUUGAUUGUGAAAGAAAUCAUGAUCAUACUUUUCAAAAUUGUAAUGAAACGGAUAGAGAUCCCUGGUUAUAUAAUCGCCCCCAUAACUAUGUUGAUUUUGCAGUUGAUGAGAAUGGUAUAUGGAUGUUAUAUAUGAAACCAGAAAGUACUAGUUUGUUUAUCAACAAAAUUGAAACAGAUUUUUAUGUAGUUCAGACUUGGGAGAUAAGUGAUAUCAAUGCUACAGAAAUAGCAGAUGCUUUUAUAAUGUGCGGUAUAUUAUAUACAUUAGAAAGUGGUGAGGAAAGGGAUACAAGAAUAAAUUUUGGUUAUAAUUUGUUUACAAAUGAAAUAUUAGACAUUGAUGUUAGUUGGUAUAAUCCAUAUAGAAAAUUAUCAAUGCUUCAUUAUAAUCCUGUUGAUGGAAGAUUGUACUUUUUUGAUUCUAAAAAAUUAUUGAGUGUUAAUGUCCGUAUUUCCACAGAGACAAAUGAUGGAGAAUUAAAGGAUGAUCUUGAGUAUGAAGGAAAUAAAACAACUACUCCUUUUUCACCUUAUGAUUUUCAUUAA